ACGUCACUCCCACCCCUCCUCCCCAAUGAAAAAGCUGCCAAAAUGUAGCUGUCCGGGACUGGGACAUACCCGGUGUCUGUCUGUAGUGAGGAGGAGCAGCUCCAACCAAAGCUCUGCUGGUGUUUGCAUGCACUCCGCUCCAAAGCACGUCUGCUGUGGCGGUUUGCGAGGUGGCAGAAAACCCUCUGCAACCUCAGCUAACUUUUUAAAGGCCGCUCUGAGCCACCACCACCAAGAACACAAAGUUAUAAAAUUAUAAAGACGCCAGAUAGACUAGAAGUAGACACUUCUGCUGCUGGAGGGAAUCCAAGAAAGCCUUUGAAAAGCUGCCUUCUUUGUGACAGUGUCUGCUCUGAGAUACUGCUGCUGGUCUGAAGGGGAGACUGCAGUUUCACAGGAUGACAGAGUCCGAAAGGAGAUGAAAAUAGGAGAGCAGAGGAGGACUGUGUGCGGAACCUCAGAGUCUUUUGUCCUGAGCUCUCCCUGCACAGUUGGACCGGAGCUGACAAUGAAGAUGAGCGUGGUAAAUAUCUCCCUAACACCCUCGACUGUUGAGGAUAGCACGAUAACUUUCAGGCAGUUUUUGUCGAGUGGGCAUUUAAACCCUCCCAGGGACAGUGCUUACAAACCAGUAGUUGUCCUGUUCUGCUCAGAUUUCAAGAGUUCAGGCAAGGUUUCUUGAUGGCAUUUGCAUGGAAAAAGUGCAGUUUUGGAAACAUUUACGCACUGUAUCUACACUUGCAGAGUGUACAUUUUGCACAGUUUUACGUUUGUAUUUCGCAUCGGGUUGUUCAAACUAACAAAACCUUUUGUGGUUCACGCCUUUUGCAAGAAAGCCGUGGUUUAUUUUGAGUUGCCGCUCCUGCAGGCUUGUAUUUGAGGCACCGGUGUGUGCACACGGGCCGGCUGCCAACUGUCUGGGUCAGAGCGGCCAAGUAGGUAGCGCUGUCUGUCUGGACCGCUGGAGCUCUAGAGCUGAAGAAAUACGCACCUCGUUUCCAAAGGCGGUCAUCCGGAGUCCGUUCACUCCUCUUUUGCUUGGAUCCGCUGAGGAAUGCAGAUGGAUUGGUCAGGACAAGUUCCCAGUAUAGCUCUUCCUCUUUGGAGUUACACCUGAGAGUGACCGUCUAAUGGAUUAAGCUGUGAGAUGUGGAAGGUCUCGCCUUCAGGAAAACUCUGAAACCCGGAGGAGCACAACGAGAACAUUUACGUGAAGGAGACAAACCAUGGACUUGUUAUGGUGUUGCAUCGGAGCGAUCGUGUGCUUUUAGCCUCUCUGUAGCACCCUCUGCCCCCAACCCCAUGUCACAUCUUGCCCUGAAUUAUGGAAAUUUUGUGGAAGACGCUGACUUGGACACUGAGCCUGGUGGUGAUGGCUGCUUCUGAGUUUCAAAGCAUCAACAGACUUUCCUACAACUCUCAAGAGGAGUUCCUGUCCUACCUGCAGCACUACCAGCUGACUGUCCCAGUGCAGGUGGAUGAGAACGGAGAGUUCCUGAGCUACACUGUGAAGCACCACCGGCCGGGCCGAAGGAGACGGGGUGCGGCGGACCCCAUAAUGGGACCAGUGCCUGCCUUAGAUCCAGAGCCUCCGGAGCCUCGGCUGUUCUACCGUCUGUCAGCCUAUGGGAAGCACUUUCACUUAAACCUGACACUCAACCCCCACCUGGUGUCGAAACAUUUUACAGUGGAGUACUGGGGCAAAGAAGGGCCGGAGUGGCGUCAUAACAUGGUAGAUAACUGUCACUAUGUUGGAUUCUUGCAAAAUCAGCACAACAUGACCAGAGUGGCAGUCAGCAACUGCAAGGGCUUGCACGGAGUUAUAACAACAGAGGAAGAACAGUAUUUAAUAGAGCCAUUACAGAACAUAUCCUCCACCACCUCCAGUGAAUGGGACCUGGAAGGAGUGCAGCAACAUGUUAUUUAUAAAAUGUCUGCCAUUGCCUCACCACAAGAGCAUAGCCAGGAGUUCAGCUGUGGCAUUUCAGACCUCAUUAAAAACAGUGCACCCUGUCAGUUUAGCACACCCUCCCCUGCCCCCCACAACGAGAGCGAGCAGUCGAACAGCACCCACCGGCAGAGGCGCUCCAUCAGCACUGAGCGCUUUGUGGAGACACUGGUGGUCGCUGAUAAAAUGAUGGUCGGUUACCACGGACGCAAAGACAUUGAGCACUACAUCUUGUCUGUAAUGAAUAUUGUUGCCAAACUUUACCGUGAUGCCAGUCUAGGAAAUGUUGUGAACAUUAUUGUGACCCGGCUGAUUGUUCUGACUGAAGAUCAGCCAAACCUGGAGAUUAACCACCAUGCUGACAAGUCUCUGGACAGUUUCUGUAAGUGGCAGAAGUCCAUCCUGUCUCACCACGGCGAUGGCAAUAGUAUUCCUGAAAACGGGAUGGCUCAUCAUGACAACGCUGUCCUAAUCACCCGGUACGAUAUCUGCACCUACAAGAACAAACCCUGUGGUACCUUAGGCUUGGCCUCGGUGGCUGGAAUGUGUGAACCGGAGAGGAGCUGCAGCAUCAAUGAAGACAUCGGCCUCGGUUCUGCUUUCACCAUUGCACACGAGAUCGGCCACAAUUUUGGGAUGAACCAUGAUGGAAUUGGGAAUUCCUGCGGUACCAAAGGCCACGAGACAGCCAAACUGAUGGCCGCACACAUAACAGCCAACACCAACCCUUUCUCCUGGUCUGUCUGCAGUAAAGACUACAUCACCAGCUUUCUCGACUCAGGUCGGGGGACGUGUCUGGACAAUGAACCUCUGAAACGAGACUUCCUGUACCCAACAGUGGCCCCGGGGCAGGUGUACGAUGCAGACGAGCAGUGCCGCUUCCAGUAUGGAGCCUCCUCACGGCAAUGCAAGUAUGGGGAAGUGUGUAGAGAGCUCUGGUGCCUUAGCAAAAGCAACCGCUGUGUAACUAACAGUAUCCCAGCUGCAGAAGGGACCCUGUGCCAGACUGGCAGCAUCGAGAAAGGGUGGUGCUACCAGGGGGAAUGUGUUGCGUUCGGUACCCGGUCUCAGAGUGUGGACGGAGGCUGGGGACCCUGGUCGAUGUGGGGGGAGUGCAGCAGGACCUGUGGGGGUGGUGUAUCCUCCUCCAUGAGGCACUGUGACAGCCCAGCCCCAUCUGGAGGAGGCAAGUACUGUCUUGGAGAGAGAAAACGCUACAGAUCCUGUAAUAUUGAUGCCUGCCCUGUGGGAUCUCGUGACUUUCGGGAGAAGCAGUGUGCCGACUUUGAUAACAUGCCUUUCCGGGGGAAGUACUACAACUGGAAGCCUUACACCGGUGGUGGGGUGAAGCUGUGUGCGCUGAACUGCUUGGCCGAAGGCUAUAACUUCUACACUGAGCGCUCUCCUGCAGUUAUCGAUGGCACCCGAUGUCAGGCUGACUUUUUGGACAUUUGCAUCAAUGGAGAGUGUAAGCACGUGGGCUGCGACAACAUCUUGGACUCUGAUGCUAAAGAAGAUCGAUGCCGUGUGUGUGGAGGGGAUGGCAGCACCUGUGAGGCCACAGAGGGGCUCUUCAAUGAGACUCUACCCAGAGGAGGCUACAUGGAGGUGGUUCAGAUCCCUAAAGGCUCGGUUCACAUUGAGAUUAAAGAAGUCGCCAUAUCCAAGAAUUAUAUUGCUUUGAAAUCUGAAGAGGACGAUUAUUACAUUAAUGGAGCCUGGACCAUUGACUGGCCCAGGAAGUUUGACAUCGCAGGGACGGCCUUCCACUACAAGAGACCCUCUGAUGAACCUGAGUCUUUAGAGGCACUGGGAGCUACCACUGAAAACCUGAUUGUCAUGGUGCUCCUUCAGGAGCAGAACCUGGGAAUUCGCUACAAGUUCAACGUGCCCAUCCAGCGAACAGGAAGUGGCGACAACGAGGUGGGCUUCUACUGGCACCACCUGCCCUGGUCUGAAUGCUCGGCUACCUGUGCCGGAGGUUUCCAGAAGCAGGAAGUAGUGUGUAAAAGGCUGGAUGACACCUCAGUGGUCCAGAACAGCUACUGUGACCCAGACAGCAAACCCCCAGAGAACCAGAGGGACUGCAACUCUGAGCCUUGUCCUCCAGAGUGGUUUAUUGGUGACUGGUCGGAGUGUGGGAAGACAUGUGAUGGUGGCAUAAGGACGAGGACAGUCCUGUGUAUCAGGAAGAUGGGCCCUGCUGAGGAGGAGACCCUGGAGGACACCCACUGCCUGACUCACCGGCCUAUCGAACAAGAGCCCUGCAACAAUCAGUCCUGCCCACCAAAGUGGGUCACUCUGGACUGGUCCGAGUGCACACCCAAAUGCGGCCCUGGCUUUAAGCACCGCAUCGCCUUGUGUAAGAGCAGUGACCUGACCAAGACCUUCCCACCCGCCCACUGCCCGAGCCUCAACAAACCUCCAGUCCGAAUCCGUUGCAGUUUAGGCCGCUGUCCUCCUCCUCGCUGGAUCCCUGGUGAAUGGGGGCAGUGUUCGGCGCACUGUGGCCUGGGCCAGCAGAUGAGGACAGUGCAGUGUCUGUCGUACACUGGGCAGCCGUCUAAUGAGUGCGCCGAGUCCCUCCGACCCUCCACCAUGCAGCAGUGUGAGAGCAAGUGUGACGCCACCCCCAUCUCUAACGGCGACGAAUGCAAAGAUGUAAACAAAGUGGCGUACUGCCCACUGGUGCUGAAGUUCAAGUUCUGCAGCCGAGCAUACUUCAGACAGAUGUGCUGCAAGACCUGCCAGGGACACUGACCCCUGGAGCAAGAGCAAGACGUAGCAAGAGACGGAGGAAAAAAGCACGAAGGAUGAAAGGAGGCUGAUCCAGCACUGACAGGGAGAGAAGAAAGGAACGGGGCAGCCUGGUGGACCAGUGGAAGGCAGAUAAAGAGAUUUCCUGGUGAAAGAUGCAUGGAGAAAGCAGGAGUUGCCUUCUCAUCACACCUGAUCCUCUGGCCAUCCAUCAUGGUGGAAUCCAAACCACUGCUCAGCUCCUAACGCUGACACUAACUAUUUUCAGUAUUUUCACUUCUGUGAAGUGGAACUUGGAAGAUUAUUUGUUGCUCAUUUUAUUUUUAUUAAAAUAAUUGUUGAUAUCAUUGUUAAUCUUUCUCCGUGUUUGUUGUUUUAUGAAUCCAAAGUGCUGGACACGUUGCUCAGAGAGGAUGUACCCCGGAGACGGACCAACAGAGGGGAGGACUCCUCACCAGGGAAGGGGGAUGGGAGUUCACAGUGUUGGACUCCUGUCUUUGGGUCGACUGUGAUGGUGCUAUUGUCAGGCAGACUUUUAGCUUCAGUGCACUUUUUCUUGUAAAUACAAUUUACCGCUCAAAUCUGACAGCAAAACCCCAUCACUGUACUGUAUAUUUAUUGUAUAUUUCCAAACAGAGCUGAGAUAUUGGUCCUCUGAUCAUGUUUUUAUCAGAUAGUAGCCUACUGUCAUGGAAGGGAAUGUGAUUGAAUUUCAAAGUCUCUGUGCUGGAAUGAAAAUAUUGCAUACUGUAACAUACGUUAAACUCCUAUAUACUGUUAGAAUUUGUAUACUCUGUAUGAAUUGUUAAUCCAGGACCAGAAAAUGCCAUGAGGAGGAUUCCUAAGUCACCUUUCUUUCCCCAGAUGGUUGCCUACCUUUCCAACUCCCAGAUAAAAGUUCACCCAAUGUCAGUCAUUAGUCCAAAGUAUUCUGACGGUGCCUGUGCCACAUGAAUCACUGUUACCAAAGUGGCCUUUGCUAAGCAUCUCACUAAGGAGCUUUCAGUUCACUAUUGAAGGAUUUGUUUUGAAGGAGUAUAUUCUGUGAAGCAGCUUGUUCGUUGGAAUCACGGUGCAGUAGCUGUUUUCAGUGUGUCAUAUUUUUGUAUUUCAGCAACAAGUCAAGGUCAUCAUGGUUUCAGCACUGAUAAGAAUUAAAAGAAUAGUUUCUUUUGACAGUUUGGGAAAUGUACUUAUUUUCUUUUCGCCAAGAUAAUGAUGGAAGAUGUAUACCACUCUCAUGUCUGGACACUCAGUAAGACGCAAGACCCAAGGAAACAUUAUCUUAGCUUAGCAUGAAGACUGGAAACUAUGGAUGUAUUAAGAAAACCUUUGUAACAGAUUUUCAGAUGGCACCCUAUUCAUGCUUAUGAAAGUUGUCAGUGGCACAUACUCCUCCUCCAUGCUUCCAGAUUCUGGAUGUUCCACAUGAUUCUGCAUUUUUGACCCACAGAACAUGCAUACUAGUGCUAAGUCAGCUGACUUCCUGUUUCUAGUCUUUAUGCUAGGCUAAGAUAACCAUCUCCUGACUGUUGCUUCAUAUUUACAAACAGACAUCAAUCUCCACAUCUAACUCUCUGCAAGAAAGUGAAUAAGCGCAUUUCCCAAACUGUCUAAAUAUCCCUUUAAUAAAGGAGGCUACUGUUAAAUGUAAACACACAUCAUAUUCAUUGUGGUUUUGUUGCCAGAUCAUGUAGCCGGGGUUCAGACCCCCUGUUUGUCCCUCAGUGAAAACACAAAAACAGCCAACUCAUUGGUGCUUUCCCCUCUUUUACAGUUUUUAAGAUUUCCAUGGAGUACUGUGUUUACCUCUUGUUUUCCUCCUGCUCUGCUCUGAGGGUUACGGCCUUCCCAGGCUUCUGGUGCUAACAAGUGGACGCAUCCAUUCAGCGCUCUGCAGUGCUUACAAGUGAGGCUGGAUCCAAAUAGUAGCCUUGUCAAAACUCUGUUGGUAAAUGCUGGUCAUGUUGUUGUUUUGUUUGUAUCUGUUUAUACCUCACACUGGGAAGUUUCAUUGUUAACCUUGUAUUGAUGUUUGUGCUACCAACAAAAUGGACACUCACCCCAUUGUAACUGAUCCCUUUACCCUGGCGUGAAAGGGAACAACACUUACGGAAUGUCUCCAUCACAGACUUGUUAUCGAGAUAUAGUAGGAGUCAAAGAAACCUGACAGACCACGAGGACUGUGCAAGGACCUCAUCGAAGCUUUUAACAACUAAUUUCUAAUUCUGCUGCUGCUACUUUUUUGUAGCCACCUUCAGUGUGACAGUGUCGAGAAGAUUUUAUUGGCUGGGAAAGGACAGUGGAUGCUGAGAAGCAUUUAAAACUGCUUGGACAAACCCAUCUACUGGCUGUGGGACAUGGAAGCUCCAGAAAGAGAGAAGUGAAACUGAUCAAACUGGUAGUCAUUGCUGUGAACUUGGAUGUUUGAAUGUCACAUUGGUUAUACCUAAAGUACAAGAGAGACAAAAAGCAUCAUGUGAUUAGUUGCGUCUAUUUUAUAUUCAGUAUUAUUGUUGGUACACUGUUACAAAUUUUUUUCCUAAUGUAAAUUAUAUGCUAAUUUAUUGCGUUGUCUCGUGUACAUUUAUUUCACUGCAUGCAAACUGAAAUUUAGCAUAGUGAAAAAAAUGCAGUGAUGUGGCCAUUCACCAACAUUUUUUAA